GCAGCUGGACGAAGCUUCUGAGCGGGCUUCCCGGUGUUUUUUUUUUUUAUUUUUUUUACACCGAGCCGAGCCGGAGAGGAAAGGGGGAGGAGGGGUAAGGGGUGACUCGGUUAUCCCGAAGCGGCCGGAAAGAGCGACGCAGCCCUGGACGGCGAAGCAUUUCGACUGAAGAUGUACAGGAUAUUAGCCGUAGCGCUUUGGUGUUUUCUGCAAGCAGAGGGCAGGCAUCCAGAGAUCACCCUUCCUAGGAGCAGCAGCAGCAACAAUGGCAAUUUUUUGGACAAUGACAAAUGGCUGAGCACCGUUUCCCAAUAUGACAAAGAUAAAUACUGGAACAAAUUCAGAGAUGAUGAUUAUUUCAGAAACUGGAAUCCAAACAAGCCUUUUGAUCAAGCCCUUGACCCAUCGAAAGAUCCGUGUUUGAAGGUAAAGUGCAGCCCUCACAAAGUGUGUGUCACUCAUGACUACGAGACAGCCACUUGUGUAAGCCGCAAACACCUUCGGCAAAAGAAAGGAAAUUUGCCCCAGAGGCAUUGGGCUGGAUCAUCUAAUUUAGUAAAAUGCAAGCCAUGUCCUCUGACACAUGCCAGCUCUGUUUGUGGUUCUGAUGGACACACUUACACCACCAAGUGCAAGUUGGAAUUUCAUGCCUGCACAUCUGGCAAAAACAUUAUAGCUCGAUGUGAAGGGCCUUGCCCAUGCCUUCCAGGACAAGAGAGUCCAAAACACAAGACUGAGAAAACUGCUUGCACAGACAAGGAACUGCGAAAUCUUGCAUCCCGUCUAAAAGACUGGUUUGGCAGUCUUCAUGAAGAUGCGAAUCGUGUCAUCAAGCCAACAAGCUCAGAUUCAGCACAAGGCAGAUUCGAUACUAGCAUAUUACCUAUCUGUAAGGAUUCAUUGGGCUGGAUGUUCAACAAACUGGAUAUGAACUAUGACCUUCUCCUUGAUCACUCUGAGAUCAAUGCUAUUUACCUUGAUAAGUAUGAACCAUGCAUUAAGCCUCUCUUCAACUCCUGUGACUCCUUCAAAGAUGGAAAACUUUCCAACAAUGAGUGGUGUUACUGCUUUCAGAAGCCUGGAGGCCUCCCGUGCCAGAAUGAGAUGAACAGAAUUCAAAAGAUGGGCAAAGGGAAGAACUUGAUGGGUACCUUCAUCCCCCGCUGCAAUGAAGAAGGCUAUUACAAAGCAACUCAGUGCCAUGGAAGUACUGGCCAGUGCUGGUGUGUGGAUAAGUAUGGAAAUGAGAUUGCUGGCUCUAGGAAGCAAGGGAUAGUAAGCUGUGAAGAAGAGCAAGAAACCUCGGGGGAUUUUGGUAGCGGUGGAUCAGUGUUAUUGUUGGAUGACCUGGAAGAAGCACACGAAGCAGCAAAAAAGGACAAACAGAAGAUACAUGUAAGAGCAACUAAUGAGGACGAUGAAGAUGAAGAUGAUGAAAAGGAUGAUGAAAUUGGGUAUAUAUGGUAG